AUGAGCUACAAUCAUCUUUUCAAGAUAGUUGUCGUUGGGGAUCACAAUUGCGGCAAAUCAUGCAUUCUUCUGAGGUUCGCCGAGAACAACUUCAGAAUGGAUCACAUUAGUACACUAGGCGUGGAUUUCAAAUUGAAAACUAUCAAACUGGGACGGGAUAAGAUCCGAUUAGAACUGUGGGAUACCGCUGGAAUGGAGCGAUACCGAACGAUAUACAACUCGUACUACCACUCGGCGCAUGGAGUAAUGUGUGUGUACGAUAUGACGAAUGAGAAGUCGUUCGAGAAUAUGGAAAAGUAUUGGCUGAAAGAAAUUAAGCAGCACGCUCCAGCAAACGCCGUACUCAUGUUGGUAGGCAACAAGGCAGAUUUGGAUCAAGAGCGAAAGGUUGACUUCGAUCGCGCUGAAAGACUGGCUUCACGAUUGGGCGUUUCACUAUACGAAGUGUCGGCGAAAACGGGAAUCAACUGCGAGGAAGCCUUCCACACACUGACGGCUGCAAUGAGAGAACGACUAACGGCUAGCAGUUUGAACUCUGACGAAUCGGAUGACAACGAGGAAUUCUCAUCGGCAUUCCAUGUGGAUGGGGUCAUCAAAAGCGACAAGGGCAAGUUCACGUCGUGCUGUGCAAGUGCACCGGAACCGGCGUUCGUCUGA